ACACAUGAAUAUCUUGAGAUAUUUCAGUUGUGGAUUUUAGUUCCAGCUAAUUAAAAUGUUUUUUUGUUAUUUUCUGUAUCUCUUUGAGUUAACACGCAAGUUUAUAUCAUCGUGCAUUAUAAUUUAAUUUCAAAGUCAGUAAAUAUCAAUUGAAAUAUCAAAUUGUGAAAAACAAUAAACUAAAAAAAGAGAAGAAAAUGAAUCAAGGAAAAGCCUCGUCAUCUAAAGAAAAAGUAACAACAAAAAAUCAAUCUGGUUUAACGACUGGCACGUCGAAAGCUGUCAAUGCCUUGGUACAUUUCACUUUAGCUGCUAUCGCCGGUUUAAUAAUAUUCAAGACUGUUAGUGAAGUUGGAAUCAUUCUCUAUACGUGGCAUCCAGUAUUUAUGUCAAUAGGAUACUUGCUUUUGAUGACUGACGGCAUAUUGACAAUGGCUGAUAGAAAUAUCUUCACAGAUGGAUGUACAUAUCAGAAACGCGUUACUUAUCAUUGGAUGUUCCAAGCUGUCGGAUUAAUUCUCAUUACUAUUGCACAGUCAGCAAUUUAUAUUAACAAAGAGAAUAAUGAAUAUCCGCAUUAUCAGACAACGCACAGUCUUUUCGGUUUAGUUACUUAUUUAACGACAAUCAUUGCAUCCCUUGGUGGAACUUUCACUAAGUUCAGCUACAACCUUAGAAAUAUCAUCAAACCAAACAUGUUAAAAGCAGUUCAUGGUUUUGCAAGUUGUAUUGUUUAUAUUUUGGGAGUCGUUACCAUUUUAUUAGGAAUCAAUCAAACAUUUACAGAAGAAAGUAAUUCUAAUAUUAAUAAUGGAAUUUUAAUUUCAUUAUCUCUUACCACACUCUAUGUUGUUUCUAAAAGCUUGAAGACAUCCAAAGGUCGUUUUCAAGAAGUGUUUAGUAAGUCGAAAAAAUAAUUGAAAACAUAUGUGAUGACAAUUUAUAAUGAGAUUAAUCAAUAAAAACAUGUUUAGGUUCUUUGUGUAGCAAUAGCAAUGGUGAUAGGAAAAAUAUCAUUGAACUUGAAAUGUCGCAAGGGUGAUUUUUGAAUAAAAAAACAUUUUAUGCAACAAA